CAGUUCAAAGGCACAUUGAAAUACUAACAUUGAGCUAUUGAGCAUUGCUUUGUACACCACCUUAAUAAAUAUCUGGUUAUAUUUUCAUAUUUCAGAACAAAAAGAUGAAAUGGUUUCACACAACACUCGUUCUCGUAUUCACAAAUGCAGUUUUAGUCUUAUCACUGCCUUCAGAUAAUACUCCAUUCCACAUAAACAAUACCUCUCGUAAACCGACGGUCUCUAAAACUGGCCACGACAGUUACUCAUCGGAAAGGAAGGACCAUGGACAAAAUAGGACAUCGCCCAAAAAGUAAGUACUUCAUGGCUUUUCAAGUAACAGCAUUGUGUUAAAUUCUAAGAUUGUCUGCGGAUAUGAGUGUCUGUUUAAAUUCAUGGCAUUAUAAAAUAUAAUUGUGAAUAUAAAAAAUGGUCCUAAUUAAUCGGAAAUCGCGUGUUUAUUUUACCAUAUUUAUUUACCCACAUUUAUUAUACUGUUCUGUUCCAUAUUGUGUAAAUUAUUAUACAGGGUGUAUAAUUAUAUCAACUGAACAAAUUGAACUCACGAGUGCGUAUAAAAUAGAACGAAAGUGAAUUUUAGUUAAAACAGUAAGAACUCGUUGCUCUGUGGUCAGCUGAACCAUUUUUAUGAUAUGACUAAUCAGUAAUUUGACAAUUUUUAUGCAGUUAGUCUUCUUCAUAUACGAUUAGAAGCAUGCAACUGUAAAUUCCCAGGAGCAACAACAAUAAUAGCUUGAUUUCCAAAGGUCUUGUUAAAAGUGAUCAUGACUCGUUCUUUAGAAAAUUUAAAAUUCUUUAAUUUUAUUGUGUUUCAUUGUUAUAAUCAACCAACCACAGAGAAUUCUAUAACAUCGUACACGUAGUAUAUUGCAUGGUGUCAGCAACGACAAGGUAGUUCUUUAAGGUAUUUUGUGGGGUUUUUUGCAAAGAGAUCCCUGGGGUCAAGACUGACUCAAGGACUUAGGGGCCAAGAACUUUCUUUACGACUCCUAGCCCAAAUGUUAUAUUCUCAUUAUUUUUGAUAAUUUUAUAUCAUGCAAAAAGGGCAAAUUAAAAUAUCUAUCUAUCUAUCACAUCAUAUGGGUGUGCAGGCAAAAUUUCGACCGAAUUGCCUCAUCAUAUGUUUAAAAUUCACUGGCUUAGAAAUUAGUCACGAAAAAACGCCUACCUAUUUAAUGUGUUUUAAACGGUGGAAAACACGCCUACGCAGUCACAUGACCACAUCUCAUAGCGAGGAACUCACUACAAACUUCCCAAGGGCCGUCGCUCGAAACGUUGACGUUUCGUUUAUAUUUUUCAAGCAAUUGCAUGUAUAUCCUUCACAUCACACUGGCACCAACCGCACACAUAGGUACGCCUACUAGCAUUGUACAGUUGAUUUGUUAAAUCAUAAAGUAAACAUGUUGUUCUUCAACAUCCAUUUACGCAGAUCACGAGAAGAAAACUAAAUACAGUGACGUAUUUCCGACAGAGACGUUCUAUUUCUAUUGAUAAUUAUACUACUAGUUUGGCUAUAACCCGCGUUGUUCACAUCGUGGCUCCCCUUAUUACGUUUUUGUAGCGCUUUGCAUUGUGGUUAUAGUGGUGUCACUGAUAUUCAAGAUGGCUUAUUUUUUUUCCUGCCCGUGCAAGAACUUUUAAAAAAAGCUAGGGUCAGGCGCGCGAUAGCUAACAGCAAAAUAUUGGCGAAAACAUUCAAUAUUUUCAUUCGAGGCCGCUAUCUUUAUCAGUGAUACCACUAUAACCACAAUGCAAAGCGCUACGAAAACGUAAUGAGGGGAAUCGUCAAUUCACAACUUUAGAUAACUUUACUAUUGUUCUAGUUUACAGAAGCAUAGAAUAGAAUAGAAUAGAAUAGAAUAGAACAAAAGUAACUAAGCAUAAAGAAUUAGAGUUAGGUAUUAGAGAAUUUUAAUAUUCACUCAGGUAUUAGAGUAUUUAAUUAAUAUUUACUCUUUUUCCUAUUUCGAAAUGACCGUGAAUUUUCGACUGGCGGGGGCGUCAGUUGUGAUAUAACUUGUAAGAGACUUACUGAGUUUGAGAAUCCUAAAAUUGAGUCUUUAUGGCUGUCGUUAAGACCCAAACGCUUACCUCGACCAUUUCAAUUAUCCUCGUGGCUGUUAUUAUCUACCAUACGACAUCCUCCGGUGCAUCCGAGAACUGGUAUCUAUCAAUUGUACUCAUGGCCAUGGGACAAAACUCAAAGAAAUAAAAAUUAGAAAAUCUAAAAGAAAUACAGUAUUUCUUUUAAAUUUUCUAAUUUUUAUUUCUUUGAGUUUUGUCCCGUGAGUACAAGACCUUGUGUUCUUACCCAACCAUUAAUUCAAAGCAAUUAGAGCUGUCAAAUUACUACAAUACGUUAUGGCUAAUUUGAAUUUGAAAGGGUUCAGUUUUUUUAUCCACACUGUAUAUUCCUUAUUAUAUCGCUUUAAACCGCUUAUAAAUUAUUAUAUCGCUUUAAACCGAUUAUAUGGCUUUUUACCCACACACUAAACUGCUCGAAUGCAUCAUCACCUAAGUAAUAUUGAACAUGCAGUACACUCCAGACAGCCCUUAGAAAUAAUCUUAUAAAAGAUCUCAAGGAUUGUGGAUUUAGAAGUUCCAUUAUUAGAUAUUGGGAUCUAAAGUAAAGUAUAUUUUUCUUUUUUGGGCAUAGAAAAAUAAUUUCAGGAUGGAUCAGAGGACACCCCCAUUUUUUGUUAAAACAGGACAAAAGUUGUUCAAAGCUUGAAACAUGCACUUCUAUAUAUGACUAUGAAACAGAACUGGUGAAACCUGAGCAGGUGAACUCUCGAGUUCCACGUGAACCUGGGCAGUUCCUUUUCUGUUGUUUCGUAUACAUUCUGACGCUCUAGUCGGAUUUUUUACAAGAUACGGCUAUCGGCAUUGCACUGUUUAUCGCUACUUUGCACAGAUGGUUAAAUCAUGACGAAAACAAGUUGUUUUCGAACAUCUAUUUACGCCGCAACGUAUCAUGAGAAGAAAAAUGCAGUCUUAUUUUCGACACGGGCAUUCUAUUUAUAGUAAGAUGAAUCAUUAUUGAGCUAAAUCUUACGGACACCGCUUUAAAGCGCAGCCGGUUUUAUCGGGACAAGUCUUCAAUUAUUAUUCUCCUUAGCAGCAGUAGACUUGUCUAUCUCAAUAGAAAAAUAGAAAUCAGGUUUCCCGCAUACAGUCACAUGUAUAUAAUGGGCUAAGAAGGUAAGGAAGGGAUGUUGUUUUAACACCAGGCGGCAUGGCUAUACCGUAUUAAGAACUCUCGAUAAUGACAAAGCUCAUGCCCCGGAUGGGAUUCUUGCCAUGUUAAUGUCAAUGAUUUAAAGUUAUAGUGAUGUGACAAUACUGUUUAAACUUCGAUCAUAUUUUGUUAAUCCCUGGGCAUGGCAAGAUGAAAUUUAAUCAUCCGCUCAUUUAUAGUUUAGGAAUAUGGCAAUACAAAGUACGUUUGUUUCCAAAUAAUAUAUAAAACCUUGCCUUGUUCUGGAAAUAGUUUGACAAUGGUUGUCCGCCAUCUUAGUUUUUUUUUUAGUUUUUUUUUUAUCUCAUAUAAUUAUUAACGGCGGUACGUUUUGGUGACGUCAAGGUGACUAAAUAACAAUUAGUAGAUAAAUAAAAUGUUGUCACUCAAUUAAUUUGUUAUUCGAAAUAGUGACCGAAUAUAGUUUCGGCCACGCUUUUUGGGACAUUAUAGAUGGCGGACAGCUCACUGAUCAUGACUAUGAUGAUUUCGAUCAAACUAUUUCGAGGAGUAAACUACAAGCGUUUUCCACAUAAUUUUAAAAGAUCUUUCAAAUGAGACAAAACUUAAAUAGUUUUGCCAUAUCAUACAUGUUUCAUAAAGAUGAAACCAUGGAUUGUAAAAUAACUGGAUAGGAAACUUCCUAGUUGCAAUAUGUGACGUCACGCGUUCUCGGCAUUUUUGUUGUUUCGCUAUAUUUUCCGCUUUAAAAGAGUAAUAUUGAAGCAUAAACUGGUCUAAUUGUUUUAAAAACAUGCCUAAGCUACGACAAAGUAUUCAAGGUAAAUGUUUUUCGCCUUUGUUUUGUAUUUUUUUACGUUUGUAGCUACGAAAUUGGCGCCGCCAAUUUUAACGAAAUUUGCGAUGCAUUUUUCUCAUCACUGUUUAGUGCUUGAAAUUAUUUGCUAAAAUUGACUGGAAAUACUUAGAGAUUUCAUCGUAGAAUGGCCUAGUUAUAUUUAUUUGCUCUUUGACUAAAAUGUUUAGCUGUAUUAUUGCUAAAUAUGCCGUUUUUGAGAAUUUGGCUUAGGCUUAGGAUGAAGUAACGACGAUCAGGCUGAUCGUUUGUCUCAGUGAAUAAUUUGCAAAAUUGGCUUGUUCAGUUGUUCUUUGUUAAUGUUUGACACAAGUUUGCACACAACUGACACGCAAUGUUAAAACGUACCGCUAUACCAAUACCGUUACCAUUGGCAUUAAGUGCAUUAACUAUAUAAUCAGAUGCAUUUAAUCUUCCCGAUUAACCAAUGAAAUGAGUAUUUUAAUACUUGAAAGCCUGUGAGAGGUAGCGGUGGUCAAAUCUGAACCUCCUCGAUCUAUAACAUUGGUUGCAAACCAAUUCCAUUCAUGGCAAUGUGGCAACUUUAGGGUAUAUACCAACUUUGGAGCAAAUCAACUGAGCUAUUUAUUGUCUUAGAAAUAUCUAGUGCAUACAUGAGAAUUUACAGUGCGAAACCUCUACCACAUCUCCACAUGCAUGUUUACUGGCUAGUAUACCUUUAACAUGUGUACUGCAUGCUAAUGACAAAUUAAAUUAACUAUAAAGCUUGACAAGGAAUAAUUAGUGAAUAAUUAUUGAAUAUUGCCAUGAACCUUAAAAAAGCCGGUAUAAUUCAUCUUGAUUCAUCCAAUCAUAUGUUUCUACUUAUUGUUUACAUGCAUGCAUGCCGGGUUGUUCGCAGAGAUUUCAAAUCUGAUGCAGAGAUUUCAAAGGAUGUGCUCGAUACCUGCCGCCUUGUUUUCUUGUGAUUUUUAAUUUAGUGAAUUAAGGACUAAUAUGUUGGAAUUUCUUACCAAAACACAUGUACGGCUUGUAAUCUUUCUAUACAUCAAAACGAAUUCGGUUAUAUGUAAUAUCCUAGUAAUGUUGCGCGCAUGACAGGGUUGUGAUUGGAUCAGGAUCAAAAAUAAUUAUUUCCAUGCGCGAAACAUGUUGAGGAUUUUACCUCAAAUUCUUACAUCAUUUAGAUAUUGUAGCUUAUCACGCUGGUCAUAUUCAGCAAAUUUUCUCCAAGUACCACAGGCUCGCAUUUUCAGCGAACUUGCGGUGAAAAAUUGAAACGUUUGCAUUUUACACAGAACUGGCCACUUUCUGUAAGAUGUCCGCUGACAAUACGAACCCGCACGAGUGGGAGAAAUUUUGCUAAAUUUGACCAUAGUUAUAAUAUCUAUAUAAAAACUUAUUAAUAAUUCAUGAAGCAAUUAUCCAAUCUUGAGUAAGAAAUUAGUCACGUGCAUACGUCUUUAUACCAGCUAAAGAACACUUUAACAAAAGACCAUUGUUAUGCAAACUAUAUAAAGGUUUUUAUAUAAAGAUUUUUAUAUAAAGAUUUUAUAUAAAGAUUUGACUUAUUAUGCAUACGUUUUUGAAGUCAUUUAAAGAACUCGCGGCUCGUGUUUUAUUAGGUCUAAAGCCACUCGCGCUGCGCGUUCGUGGCUUUAAACCUAAUAAAACACUCCUGUUCGUUUUUUAAAUAGUACAUAACUAACACAGAAAAAAUCAUACUUAACUAAGUAUUUUUGCCAGUAUUGCCAGCAAUAGCGGUACAAGUCAUCAAUAAUUUGAAUCAAGGAUAUGGUCAACUAUAGUUUACGAGACCAAGUGAAUUCGGAACCGUGCUCAAAUUUGGACGAUUUCUGCCCGUUCACAUGGGGCAGUAUAGAAUCGGCAUAAAGCCCUUGUUAAAAUUGUGCUAAAAAAAUGUCGCUGCGGCAGUAUACAGACUAACUUGCUGUUUGUGAGCUCCAAAUCCCAACCCUUAUCCUAAUUCUAUACGACUGACCUUUACCCUAAUCCUCUAUGAAUCUAGAUCCAACUGCUACAGCGUGUAUUUCCUUUAAUUUUGAGCACGGAACACGUGUCUAUAGUGCACGCACAAAGAGUGUUGAGCGCAAUUUAUGACCCAUAUCCAGACGAGUAGAUCAAUAUAAUAUCUAUGUGCCAUCGCGAAAGUAAAUCUUUACCAACGAUCUACAAUCUACAUUUUAGAAAGUAUUGUUCAUCAUCAAGAGAAGCAGCCAUUGUUAUGCAAGAAAUAAUGAACAAUUCAAAAUACAAUGUUCAUACAAUACCCAGUUUUGAUGACGGUAAGUUGAGUUUAUGAAAAUAUAUUUUCAGGUGAGCGUCAGUAAUUGCUUAGGAAUUGGAACCUAUAUAUACUAUCAAACACUUACUAUGAAGUAACAUUAAACGUUCCUAUAAUAAAAUGGCCCUAAUUAAUUAAAGAAUAAAAAUAAACUUGGGCAAGAAGUGAAAUAUGUUUGAAUUAAGUUUUUGCCUUUGUUGUAUCACAUACCGUUAUAAUAUAUCUACAAAAGUGCAUCAUUAUAGCCAUAUAUAAUGUCUACAAAUUCAGGUGUAACGCGUUAUAACCAUAAUACAAAUUAAGGGAUUGUGUUAUAACCAGAACAAGCGCCUCUACGGUCUGAUAUGUGAAAUGAGUCUGUCAAGAUGUGCCGAAAGUUGUGUGUUUUCUCCGAGUGCUCCGGUUCCCUCCCACAGCGAAAGUUGACAUGACUUUGGGUUAGAAUAAACAGUUAUAGGAAAGUAAUAUCACAAUUGUUGUGAAGAUAAAUAGUCUAUAGGCUAUACAGGUAAUGUAAAUACUGUUAUCUCAUAUACCUAGGCUAUUUGUAGUGAAAAGAGCCUGGGUACGAGGUUACUGAAGUGUAAUGCUUAAUGUGAUCGGUCACUGAACGUGGGCAAGAAGAUGUCGGUAUAAUUACAACCAUGGCUAUUUGUACAAAGGGAUUUCGUUAUAACCACCAGAUGGUGGUCCAAUGCUCAAUGGUUACAUUAUAUCUCUACAAGGGAUUUUUUAUAACCAUGCAUACAUGGUAUUAUAGCCAUAAAGAGAAGUCCUCAUAACAAUGGUUAUGUCUACAAAUUAAAGAGGCGCCGUUAUAUAUCACGGUUGACAUGUGUUUCAACCAUUGUCAGAUGAAAAAGGCAGGGCUUAAUUAAAUUUUACCGCUUCAACAUAUGGUUUCUGCGUUUUAUAUGAUUACAGGUACCAUAUUAUCAUAUAAUGCAGAUGAUGUUGUAAAUAGCUAAUGACCUAAAAUGAAAUACAUAUGUUUUUGUUUAGGUAAACCAUUAGAGGUUAAGUUGGCCAUGACAGUUCUUGUAUUCAGAGAUAUGUCAGAAGUAGAUAUGGUAAGAUAUUACCGUCCAGCAUGUAUAUUGUUUAAUUUAAGACACAUCGAUAUAGCAGAGGUAGCAGAAGACGCUCAUGAAUUGCCAAUUUAACCAAGUUUGCCUAUUCCUAAGAAAAGACGAUUGAGCUAAUCCUACCACGUGACAAGCAUUGUAAUUCAAGCCGAUGCCUAUUUUUUCAACCUUUUCAAAUCUCCUCUUUCCAACAUAUAAAUGUAAAAUUUACCUUUUAAAGUGUGCAAACUCGUCGACCUACCAGCCUUUUUCUUAAGCCUGCUCUGGACAGAACCGCGUUGGCCAAAUGUAGCCAAUUAUCUCCCACUGCUGUGGACUCGUAUAUUGUCAGUGGACAUUUUACUGAAAGUUAUACCAGCUGUGACGGGAAGCUUUCAAUUUAGACCGCGAGCAGUCCCUCGAGUGAGAAAGGAGGGGCCGCCGAAAACGCAUCAAGAAACGAAAUACGCCUACUUUUCGUUCUUGUCAAGUUGGCUCCGCUUUGCAUAAACAUUACUUAAAUCCAAUUAAAUCUAUCCAAUAGGAACCGUUAAUGUUAUGUCUAUUUAUAAAAUCAACAUUCAGUCUGGAAAUUAUUUAUAGCAUAAUUACUACGUAUCAGAUUUGAUUGACAGGCGUAUCGAUUUCGACCAAUGGGACUUUUGCGUUGUGUGGGCAACGCGUCUUUCGUUUCUUGAUGUGUUAUCUGCAGUCCCUCCUUUCCUUUCGCAUGCCCGGAAAUCUAAACCCGCGGAAAGGAGGGACCGCUCGCAGUCUACUUUCAAAUUUUCGUCGCAAAUCUUAUUAAUUAACACUUAUUCUAUAACAACUGAUCAGGGCUAAAAUACUAUAUAGUCCGCAGGAAAUAGGAAUGAGAAGCCGAUUUUGAAUGACAUAAAUGAUAAUUUAUAUAAUUAGCAAAUUGAGAAAGCCAAUAAUUCACAUUAUUUUGAGGAAGGUUUGAAAACUUAUCCGGAGGAAGUUUGAAUACUUUUUUGCAACUAUGAAAAUGCUCUGGUUAAAAUUUCAGUCCUCGCGGGUGUUAUAAUUAUACUUCACCAUUGAUAUAUAUCCUGCUAUUAUACCUAUACCAUAGCCUGCAUGGUUAAAUAUUUAAUCCAGGAAAAUCAAUCGUCGGUCGGACGUACCUGUUGAAUGAUUAACCUAAAAAGUGUUGUUUUUUUUAUUAACCAAGAGUUCGAUCGUAACUGCUUGGUUAAAUCAUACAAUUAUUUCAUAAUAUUCCUGUUUGCAGGACAUGAAUUUCUACAGUCGAAUUUCUACAUGUUUUUAUAGACGUACACAGUCGAUUUCUUCCUGAGAACAAAUUGGCGAGAUAGACGCUUAAAAAACUCACUAGGCUGCACUCUGACAAUGACGUUGGGUAAGAAACAUCCUGCUGAGAUUAUCUGGGUUCCUGAUACUAUGAUAGAAAAUGCUGUUACAUCCUACCUACAUGAAGUAGUUACUAAUAAUCACAAGAUUGAUAUAUCUCCGAAUGGAGAUGUAUUUUGGUCAACAAGGUAAGCCAGGUAGAUAAUGUCAUGUACAUUAUCAAAUUUGCUAUACGCAUUCUUGAGGGAUGCCUAAUUUAAGGCAUGCUAUAGGAGCCCUCAUAUAUUCUGGUAUUUGGCCGGCGCAUACAUAUGCGCAUUCUGUUGAUGGUUACGAUGACACUCAUUAUAAUGCAACCGAAAAUUGUCGCCCUCGUUUUGGAUUAACUGAGAGCAACUACACAGUGCCUCACUCUUUGGACACUUUCAUUAUUUUGUAAUAUCUCACUCAAAAGUCAUUCAUUCAAGGUUAUUAUGACGGAAUUUGUUUUUUUGGCGAUUUUGAUCAUGAACAGCAUGCAAAGGCACGUUGAAGGACGAGACGCAAGCCGAAUUUUAUGACAAAUAUUGUAAUACAAAUGAUAAAUCACUAUUAAUAAUAAAUCUUUUACUAAUUCAAUGUGUUGACAUAUUUUUUCUGAAAACAAACAAAAAUCCGAAAACAAUUGCAAAAUUGGCGUUAAGACAAUCAUGAUUUCCUUUGCGUUUUGCUACUGACUCCACCGUCCCAAUCCGAAAACGAUUUCGCGCAACGAUCAAUGGGAACGUGGUAACAGAACAAGGACGUAAACAUCCAGAAUAAGGCGAUUGCUCAUGCAUCAGCAUGAUCGUUUAUUAACGAGCUUUAGAGUGGCAAAAAGAACGUUCUUCCAGGCCCACCGUGUGAUUUAUUUGUUGUUUUAUAUCAGGGUCACCGUCAAAGCUAUGUGUCCAAUGGAUCUAGUCAAGUACCCAAGGGAUAAGCAGACAUGUUUCAUUGAUUUGCUAAGUUGUGAGUAUCUUUUGUCAAAAAUGUAAGUAUUCAAUAUAAACGUUUCAGUCGCAGCUUAUUUCGCUCCAUAUUUUCUCAAGAUGCCUACACAACAGACUUGAUUAAGUACGUCUGGAAUGAGAAUAAUUCAAUUGGUGUAAUGGACAAGACAUUGAGUCAGUUUGACGUCACAUCUUACUAUACGAAGAGCUACAACCUCACAUACGUAGCAGGUGAGCUAACAAUUAUAUUUUAUUGCUAUCUAUUGCACCAGGAGCCUUUCCUCCUUAAAGCUUCAAACCUCUUCUGUAUAGUGUUACAUAAUUUCACAUUGUUUAAACUUAUAAUCAAAAUUAAAGUGGAGGUAUAAAAAGAUAUACAAAAUUCCCACUUGUAUAGGCACACACCUUAGAUUAUUACGCGAGGAAGGUGAAAUUGGCGUGAAAAAGAAAAUUUAGUCUCCAAAAUACAACUAUAUACGAACUUUUCAAAUGCCAUAUAGGUUUACAUGCAUAUCCUAUUGCAGGUACUAGCCAAAGAUGGUGCAAGGCAUCGGCCGUCACUAUAGUGGCAACGAAAGAUUGACGUUCACAGAAGACGGCUAACGGUCCGCAUGAGGCGAACUUCAAAUCGUAUAGUACUUUGAGAUCAACUGUUCCCUGUUCGAAGUAUAAUAGGACAAUUUGUGAUUUCAAACAUGAAUUAUAUACCUACUUUACCUACUUAGCUGUCGAAAACUUGUAGCACUUAUUUGAAGUUUGCCGACUGCGGUUAGCUCCGGUUAGCGGCCUAAAAGAUAUAUUAACUAGUAACGGUUAUAUUAUUAUAUUUCAGGCCAAUACUCCAUACUAAAAGCGGUAUUUGUCUUCGAAAGACGCUUGGGAUAUUAUCUCAUUCAAGUCUACAUUCCAUGUAUAUUCCUUGUGGUGUUAGCAGGACUAUCAUUUUGGGUGGAUGCCAGAGCAACACCAGCUCGUGUUGCACUCAGCCUAACUACCUUGCUAACGAUCGCCACGAUAUGGUCAGCAACUAACUCAAACAUGCCUCCAGUUAGCUACGUUAAAGCUGUGGAUAUAUACUUCCUAACAUCAUUUGGCUUUGUUCUUGUUACCUUGUUGGAAUACAUUCUCGUACUUAAUUAUAACAUCUUAAAAAAUGCAUUGCAAAAGAAACUGAAGAUCUGUGAUAAGAAUAAUAAAGAAGCGAAGGUAAGAGUUUAUCGAGGAACGUUUAAAGUGCCUAUGACACGCAAUUUCACCCCAAAUGUUUAUGAUUGCAUUGUAAAGAUCACUUAAAAUGACUUAAUAAUUUCUUUUAUAGAAUUUUGGUAACUUGCUUCCUUUGCAAGAUAUUCAACUUUGUUUCACAUGCAAAUAUCACCGGUGUGAAAUCACAUCGCAUAAUGACAUUUUGAAAACGCAAUAUUUUACAUUGAAAAAAUAUUUUUACAAACAGAUACAGAGGGUUAAUUACCAGUUAUGAAAUUAAUACAUAUACAAGGGCAAUUUUUAAGUUUUUUAGAUACGUAUAUUCGUCAAGAAAACUAUACUUUUCUGAAAACUCAUUAUGCGAUGUGACGCCAAAAUUCUCAAAUGCCAAAAGUUACCAAAAUUCUAUAAAAUAAAUUAUUAAGUCAUUUUAAGUGAUCUUUACAAUGCAACCAUAAACAUUUGGGGUGAAAUUUCGUGUCAUAGGCACUUUAAUAAACGAGAUAUUUCUCCAGCCAACGUCUUCAUAUUAGGGACCUUAAGCAAGCAGGACGCAACGCGACGACUAUUCACAGAAUGGGUAAAUAUCAAGAUUUUGUUGGCAUCUCACUCAACUGAGUAUAGUUGAAGGGUAUUGUAGAUGGAAAAUAUCGAGUGGAAAUUUAUAUACAUUUAUUAAGGCCCGUAUUACAGUAUCGCUGUGAAUCAGUCUGGUCAACAAUUAUUAAGAUAAAACAUAAUUACCAAUUAUAAAACCUGGCUUAUUUUUAUUUUUGGUGUGAGAAGAAUAUUUGACACACGCGAUUCACAUUUACAAAUCUGUAAUUAUUACUAAUUAAUAACCUUUUUGAGAGGGCAAUUUAUAUAACUACUUUGGUAAAGAUGUAUAAUUACAUAACCUUUUGAAUCAAGUAUUUGUAUAUAUAGGCUAAUAACUAUUGUAAUUCAUUCCUUUUUUAAUCAGUAAUUUAAUUAAAGCUCUGCAUGCUAAUUUUUGGUAUUAAAAUCAAGCAUUAUUUACUACUAUAAUUUCACGAUUUUUUUUAGGAAAGAGAAUCGUUCUGUUUAAAACACGGUCAGCUCAUUAGCAGGCGACCCACGUCAAGAGCCAGUAUGAAUAACGCUGAAGCCCCAAUGGAACAUUUCUCUAACGGAAAGUACGAGAAAACACGAAUGGAAAAUAACAAUGAGGAAGAUGAGGAAAAUUCUGAGAAAAAAGAAACCGACUUGAAACUUGUGACGAAAAUUGACAAGAUCACCAAAUUCGUAUAUCCAGCUGCGUAUGUGGUAUUUAACGUCGUAUAUUGGUACCAACUAAAAGAUUAGUUGUGAAAUACUGAAUACAUGCAGCUCAUAAGUUCAGAAAUUAACCGUAGGGCAAAAUUUCAGCGUUUGUAUCAAAUUACAUUACAUCUUAAAUUGGCAGUAAUCUUGCCGUGCUAUAUGCAAAUUUGGUACAGGAAUAAAAUAAAUGCAACUCGGUAGACAUGUAAUACAGUGUACAACGAGGCCACGAAACGAAAUAUAUAAAUAGUAUUAACAACAAUUAUAGCAAUUAACAACCGUCCUGACCAAAUCAUGUAUGUACAUGCAUUCUGAAUGAAAUAAUCUCAUGCACAACAAUCGAAUUUUGGCCAAUUUAUAUAAUUAUUUCAAUGUGCUAACUCAAGCAUUAAUUAAACGUGAAUUCAUUGAUUUCAAUGCCAGUCACUCAUUUUACUGAAGAAGAGGAAGUUUUGUGAAGUGAAGAGGAAAAUUUUGCAUUUUUCAAUCAACAGACGGACAUUCGGAGAAGUUCGUUUCAAUCUUUAAUAAAUUUAUUAAACAAACAAAACUUUUGGUCUGAAUUGCACUUUUAUAUCUCCAAGUAUACAAGGUUAAAGGUUGUUAAUAGCAAAAGCAUAGGAUAGCAGUAGCAUUUUUGUUGCAUGGUAUGUAGUAUUGACAUAAAAUGUAUAACUAAACCCAGCAAUGUGCAAUAAAAAAGGUGGUAACACUUCGUAAUAGUGUCAUUUAAGGUAUACUGAAUUACAUGAUUAUACAGUAGAUACUAGUAUACACAUUUGCUGGUUAUAGCAUUUACAAAAUAUCAUGAUUGCAUUGUUAGCCAUCAAUUCGCCAUUGUUUCGUCACUUUCAUGUUUUAAUAUACUGUAUACACUGAUUUCACGGCAUUCUGUGUAUUUUGCUGCCGUUACAGUUUACUAGUGUUGAAUAUAAUAUUAGUUGCUUACCAGUAAAGUUUCAUCACACAAUUCAAUUUUGGCCAUUGUUUUAUUAUUGCCGUCUUUCCUGGGCUUGUUUCAGUUUCUGUUGAACAUUAGCAAGCUUAUCUAUAUAGCAAAUAGUAUAUAACAUCAAUAAGUAUCGGUAUAUCACAAAAUAUCAUGCAGUAUUGUAAUACUUUAACAGGCCAUUUCCAAAUUACGCGUUCCAGCUCUCUGUAGUAAUAUUAAGUUGUGGCUUCAUAUUGAUUUGCUUAAGGUGGCUCGAUACAGUUUUCAAAACGUCAGGUGUAUACAAGUUUGACAGUUUUAAACGUCGUACUUUUAGGUUUUAUGACGCAGAUAUCAGGAUAUUCAUCUAUUUUGAUGUUUCUUCUUUCAAUUUAUGUCAGUUUUGAUAACACAUAGUUCGUUACUAUGGCAACAUACGCGCACGAAAUUCACUCUAAAAUAACCUAUUGGUUUGUGUAGUUGGAAAAGAAGCACAGCGACCCCCAAUUUCUUUUCGUGCACUAUUUCACUUGCAACAUGGACUAACAAUAAGCAAAAUAUAAAAAAAUUCUGUAAUGCCAAUUUUUUUAAAAAACGAAAAAAUGAGAUUUUUUCGAUAAAAAGCCUUUUCUUCGCAUUACAGAAUUUUUUUUUAUUUUUGGUAUAAUGAAAGUCUUUUGCAGUACUAUUUAAUACGUGCAAACUUUCAGCAUAGGUCACCGCACGAAAUAACGAGAUAUAUAGCGCACUGUUUUCUAAAAAUUGGCAUUUCUAAUGACGUCAGCAAUUGACAUGCAAUGCGUUACAAAACACGUACAAUGGCGCGAGAAGGCGUGAGCAAGUCGUGGCGUCACAUCAGGACAUGUAUGUAAGUCCUUUCGUUAAAAUUCUUGGGGACUCGAAUGGUCAAGCGCCGGGUUUGUUCAUAAUUCAUAACGUUUGGUUUUCGCGAUUUUUGGGCGAAUUAAUAUCGAGUCACCUUAAGAAGAAGCCUUGUUCUCAGGCUAUUGUCAGUGGGCAUCUCACCGUAGUUCGGAAAUGGCCUAUUACAGGCAGUAGAUUACAACUCAAUUAUUAAAAUUUAGUAAUGAUGAAAAAAUAAUAUAGUAUAUUAUUACUGUACAGUUAACUUCAAUCUGUAACUAUAAAAAGGUUAUUUAAAGUUUUUCAACAGUCAAUUCUGUCAAUCAUUGAUAUAUGAAAUAAAUUAAUGGUUAAACAAAUAUAAAUCAACAUUGUUGUUACCCUGUGUUUCCUUCACUAGAGUCGCUUUAUUUGCCAAAAAUAAUACACCUCCACUUCCCAGUUGUCUGUAGACUUUC